CCAUGUUCUCUCUAUUACUCUUCAGAUUCUCUAAACCCAACUCUUGUCUGGUCUUGCUCUUUUUCUUGACAUCUUUUAACCAACUACCUUGGGCUUUAAGUAAACCAGAGGUUAGGUUAUGUGAUACUCUGUUUCAGUGUGGGAAUCUCACAGCCGGUUUCCCUUUCUGGGGAGGUGCUCGGCUCCAACCUUGUGGUCAUCCAUCUUUGGGGCUUCGCUGCGACGACGAUACAACAAAUUUUACUUUCCUAGUCAUCUCAGACCUGAUGUACCAGGUUCUCCAAGUAAACACCACAACUGGUACUCUUAAAUUAGCAAGGCAAGACUUUUUAGGUCCAUUUUGCGAGCUUACAUUCAGUAGCGAAUCAUUGACUCCUGAACUCUUUGAGCUUUUGCCGGAAUACAAGACCCUCUUUGCUCACUACCUAUGCAACCCUCCUACUCAUUAUCCUUUGAAUUUCUCAUGUCCACAUAUGGGUGUUGGCUUGAUGCAUCAGAAAGAUGACUAUUACAAUGACUGUGGUGGGAGUCUCAACAUCACUGUUCCCAUGAGUUAUGUUCCUGAGGAGAAACAUUUGAAUGUAUCCAAGUUGGAAAGUGUUCUUAAAGAAGGAUUUGAGGUGAAGCUGAGGAUUCAUGAGAAGUGUCAAGACUGUAAAUCCACUGGUGGAUUCUGCUCCUACGAUGAUUCCACUCCAGUUUGCUGCAAGACAAACUUGUCAUCAGACACCAAAUGCAUUCCAAUGAUUCCAUCUGGUUCGACUGGUCUCCUCAAAAGAGCGAAAAUUGGCAUUGGAUUUGCUAGCGGAUUCUUGGGUGCCAGUCUUUUCAUAGGAUGUAUGUUCUGUUUCAUCAUUCGGAAAAGAAAUAAAUUGGCAGCUCAGUACACCAGAAAAGGGUUCUCAAAUACAAUGUCAAACACAGAAACUAUGGACGUGUCGCUUCACGGUAUAGUAGAAAUAAAACAGUAUAGUUAUGAAGAAGUGAAGAAAAUUACAAAAUCAUUUUCAAACACGGUUGGGAAAGGAGGAUUUGGAACUGUCUAUGGAGGAAACCUCUACGAUGGCCGUAAGGUUGCUGUGAAAAUCUUGAAAGAUUUUAAGGGUAACGGUGAAGACUUCAUGAACGAAGUCGCAAGCAUGAGUCAAACAUCUCAUGUUAACAUUGUUUCUUUGCUUGGUUUUUGCUAUGAAGGGUCCAAAAGAGCAAUUGUGUAUGAGUUUCUAGAGAAUGGGUCUCUAGAUAAGUUCAUAUCUUGCAAGGAGUCAUUGAAUCUUGAUGUGGGUACACUAUAUAGGAUCGCGCUGGGUGUUGCUAAAGGACUUGAGUACUUACAUCAUGGAUGCAAAACAAGGAUUGUGCAUUUUGAUAUCAAACCACAAAAUGUACUGUUAGAUGAAAACCUCUGCCCCAAAGUCUCUGACUUUGGCCUUGCUAAACUCUGCGAGAGAAGAGAAAGCAUGAUGUCUUUGCUAGACGCAAGAGGAACAAUAGGUUACAUCGCACCUGAGGUGUUUUCAGGAAUGUACGGUAGAGUCUCUCACAAGUCUGAUGUUUAUAGCUAUGGAAUGUUGGUCCUCGAGAUGAUCGGAGCAAAGAACAAAGUACCAAAAGAAACCGAUGCUUCCAACCCAAGUUCAGCUUACUUUCCAGAUUGGAUCUACAAGGAUCUUGAGAACGAAGAUCAUACAUGGAAAUUCGGUGAAGAUAUAUCUAGAGAGGAGAAAGAGAUUGCAAAGAAGAUGACCUUGGUAGGUCUUUGGUGUAUUCAGCCAUGUCCAUUAAAUCGUCCACCGAUGAACCAAGUUGUCGGGAUGAUGGAAGGAAGUGUGGAUGCUCUUGAAGUCCCUCCUAAGCCUUCAUUACAUCUUUUUCCACAGCCUCUUCCAGAAUCAUCUUCACUCUCAGAAAAUAAUUCAAAAUACUCUGAGGUAUUAACCAUGCCAGAGAAUUCAUAUGUUUCAAAGUGUAUUUCUUCUAUCUGAAAAUUAAAAUUCUUAAACCUGAAAUGUUUCUAUGUUUUCU